GAAAAAUGCUAUCCUAAACAAACGAAGCUCGAAGAUAGGGGACUUAGACAAAACGGGCCCGAAGCUAGAAAGAUUACGUAAGCUGUGUUAUAUAACCUAAGUCCAGGCUGGGUCCAGUACUUGCCGUGCGCUCUACCUGUUCGUUCCUCCGACUGUUCUGUCUGUCUGUCACUGUCUGCGUCUGUCUGAGUCCGUCUGUUCUUUAGAUGACUAUCCACGAAGAACACGAGCCUCUUCUUCAGGCAGCACCCAACGGCGGUUACCGGAGCACUUACAGAGGAUCCAAUAAUGAUAAUGUCUUACCUCUAGAUCCUGUCAAAAAACCUAAAGAAGGGGUUCAAUUAUAUCCCACAGAAAGUCUCACUUACACUUGGUCUGGAAUAAAUGUCUUUGGUCGAGGAGAACCGAAGAAAAGAAAGAUCAUUAGUAAAUUAUUUUGCCGCAAUACUGAGAGGUCCGGUAGGAAGCAUAUUCUAAAAAAUGUUACGGGAAUGGCUCUUCCUGGGGAACUCAUGGCACUUAUGGGAUCUUCUGGUGCUGGAAAAACAACCUUACUAAAUACACUAAACUUCAGGUCACCACCUUCUGUAGAAGUAACAGGACGGAGAGCCCUUAAUGGAAUUCCCGUGAAUGCUAAAACUUUGAGCUCCCUUUCUGCCUACGUACAGCAGGAUGAUCUCUUCAUAGGAACUCUCACAGUUCGAGAACAUCUUAUAUUUCAGGCACUAGUGAGAAUGGAUCGACAUAUUCCAUUUGAAACAAGAAUGGCUCGAGUAGAAGAAGUUAUAUCCGAGUUAACUCUUAGUAGAUGCCAAAAUACCAUCAUCGGUGUUCCUGGAAAAUUAAAGGGGAUAUCGGGAGGAGAAAUGAAAAGGCUUUCUUUUGCUUCUGAGGUAUUGACAGACCCUCCAUUAAUGUUUUGUGAUGAGCCUACAUCUGGAUUAGAUUCUUUUAUGGCUCAGAAUGUAGUAACUGUUUUGAAAUCUCUUGCAGAAAAAGGAAAAACUGUAAUCUGUACAAUUCACCAACCUUCAUCAGAGGUUUAUGGUAUGUUUGAUAAAGUACUUUUAAUGGCUGAAGGCAAAAUGGCAUUUUUAGGAACACCAACAGAAGCAAACGAGUUUUUUAAAACGAUGGGCGCAGCAUGUCCUAGUAACUAUAACCCAGCGGAUUUCUUUAUACAAUUGCUAGCUGUCGUUCCAACCCGUGAAGAAACAUGCAGAAAUAUGAUAGAAAUGGUGUGCGAUUCAUAUAAGAACUCAGACAUCGGAGAGAAAAUGAUAUUACAAGCAGAACUGGCAACGCAGGGCACAAAAAAUAAUUGGGGUAUUUGGGCAGACAAUUGGGCCUCGCCGAAGAAUCUGUCGCCGUACAAAGCUUCCUGGACCGCUCAGUUCCGGGCAGUUCUUUGGAGGUCUUGGCUCAGUGUAAUGAAGGAACCGGUACUCAUCAAAGUCCGUAUGCUCCAGACAUUUAUGGUUGCCCUUAUGAUUGGCGUGAUAUAUUUUGGGCAGGAGCUCGAUCAGGAUGGUGUGAUGAAUAUAAAUGGUGCGCUAUUCAUCUGUCUCACAAAUAUGACAUUUCAGAACGUCUUUGCUGUUAUUAAUGUAUUCUGUUCUGAACUUCCUGUUUUCUUAAGAGAGCAUAUGAACGGGAUGUAUCGGACGGAUAUCUAUUUCUUGUGUAAAACUUUGGCAGAGGUACCAGUAUUUCUCGCAGUUCCACUUAUUUUCACUUCGGUGAUCUACUACAUGGUUGGUCUUAACCCUGCGUUCGUCAGGUUUUUGUCGGCAGCACUCAUUAUAACUUUGGUCAGCAAUGUUGCAACUUCCUUUGGGUACUUCAUAUCAUGUGUCAGCUCAAGCAUAUCUGUGGCAUUGUCUAUCGGGCCUCCUGUUAUAAUUCCAUUCUUACUGUUUGGAGGUUUCUUCCUCAAUGCAGGAUCCGUUCCACCAUACUUCAAGUGGCUAAGCCAACUUUCUUGGUUCAAGUAUGGCAAUGAGGCUUUACUGAUCAAUCAAUGGGAAGGCAUAGAGACAAUCUCUUGUACCAGGUCGAAUACUACUUGUCCUAGGGAUGGCCAUGUAAUUUUAGAAACUUACAAUUUCAGUGAGGAAAAUUAUCUGGGUGAUUACCUGGCUCUUACUGGCCUGAUAGUUGGUUUCAGGGUACUUGCUUUCUUUGCGCUACUGAGCAAAACGUAUUCUAAAAGAAGAUAAUUACGAUUUUGAAGUUAGGUUAUCCAUUUGAAGAAUUGCAAAUUAUGAUUGCAAAAUUGAGAGAGAUUUGGAUUAUAAAGUUUAGGCUGAAUUUGAUUUUUUAUUGAGAAUGUUUUGAACUGCCUACUGAUUGAGUUUGUAAAUAUAGAUUUAUAUGUUUGCCACCAAAUAUAUUACAUAAAUGUAUUUGUUAUAUAAUAAUAAAGAUAUGUUGAUUUUUAUAUUUUAUGAAUUACCUGCUUUGAUUCUCUCUUAUUGAUUUAAGAAAUGUUUUGUUCAUUCUUGAUUCGAUACUUUUCUUUUAUUAACACUGUUUACAAAAUGUAUAAGGUAAUGUUU